ACUGACAAUGCCUGAGGACACUGCUUGAUGAUAUUUUGGAAUAUUUGCUCGUCGCAAUCCAACAAAUCAAUUUCAUGAAUAACCAAACUCCAGCACAACAUCUUUAUGAACAGACUUCACAGUACAAACAUUGGCAGUUUACUGCAGAAAAACUAAUGGAAAAAAGACUGCAGGUCAACACUGAUGGGGUUGCUCGAACUCUAGAAGCAUUAAGACUUGAAAACGAGUUGAAACAGUCAGAAAGUACCGAUUCUUCCGCAAGUCCUGGUUCCGAAUGUGUUACAUGGAAAGAACAGCUGGACUAUUGCAGAUUUUACGAAGGCAAGAUCAUCGAUUACUGUAAAUUCUUUGGAUUUGACAAGACUGUUCAAGCUACAGCGAUUGUUUUUUUUAAAAGAUUCUAUCUCAACAAUACCGUCAUGGACUAUGAUCCCAAAAUUAUCUUGAUGACAUGUCUUUUUUUGAGCACAAAAGUAGAAAACUCGUUGAUGCCGCUCGAUGAGUUUCUCAGCAAAGUACCCAAGUCGCCAGAUGCAAGCGUCAUGAUUCAUUUGGAAUUUGUGCUUUCCAAAGGAAUUCAAUUUGAAUACUCUGUGCAUCAUCCAUACUGGCCAUUGCAUGGAUUUUUCCUUGAUAUCCAGACGUUUAUACAAUCUUCACAACCCCGAGGGAAACAUCCAGACUUGAUAAAACGACUGUAUGCCGUCUAUAAUCAAGCAACAGAUUUGAUUACAUCGUCCUUGAUAUCAGAUGCUUUGUUCAUGUAUAUGCCUUCACAGAUUGCUCUUGCUGCAAUCCAGGAGAUGGCAAGUCAUGUACCUACUAUUGCACCCAUCAUCAGUGCAUUUAUUACAGAUCGAUUUCAAAACGAAACACCCGAACGAGUACAAGGAUUGAUUCAACUUUUACAGGCAAUUCGUGUAGAUUUGUGCAAUGCCAAGGAGCUUACAGUAAACAAGGCUACAGCAGCUGUAGUAGCCAGCAAACUCAGAUUGUAUUCCAAUCCUGAAUUUGAUCCUACAAGUAAACUAUUUGCUUUGCGCAAACAAGAAGAGGAGCAGCAGAAUGAAGCCAAGAGAUUAAAAAAAGCCGACAAGGCUCGACACAAUCGUGACCAGCUUGCAACGAUUGUCAACUAGAUGUAUUAAUGAGCCAAAUCAACAAAAGCAGUCCGUUUUGGAUUUAUUCGUAAGAUGAAGGCUCGAGUAGCUGUAGCUCUCGAAAUUGAUCACGAAUACCUCGUCAUCGCUUAAUGUUCUUUUUGGUUCUAAACAUUGCGCAAACACGACGAUGUCGCUCGACAAACUCUCCUUUGAAUGAGUGUGCUGGAUCGUCUGUCAUGGGAAUUUCAUGUGUGUAGUUGUAUCGAGUAUCGUCGCUAAUUGAUGACAAAAUAAAAAGAUUAGCUACCAAUUG